AUGACUCCCCCUCCGCCAUCCCGAGUGCGUAGCAGAGCUCUCCGGGCGCCCGUCAGCUCGUCAGCUGGCGAUACUUCUUCUGAAUACGAGUCCGGCACCUUUUCUUUUCCUCAUGAGAACACUUGCAACAAGAACCGUACCCUGAAGUGCACCAAGCCCUGUUGCAAGGGCAAAGGAAAGGCCAAGGAUCUUCGUGUCAAGAUUGUAACCUCCAGCGAGGUUGAGUCAUCCGAAAACGCAGAGGCUGCCGAGUCAGUUGAUGAUGCAACCACCUCCAGAGCCAAGCCUCCAUUCAAGAAGAAGGGUAAAGCUACCCAGAUCCCAUCUGAGACGGAGACCGAUACACAGACUGGCGAAGGCUCGACUGACCUCGAGACCUCUGUCAGGUACACGAACCCUCCUGUAGAAGACCCCACCUGGUCCAUCUCCGAAGACUGCCUUCUGCGAGGCCUGAAGGAGAAUGACGAGCCGUGGAAGUUUAUUGCCAAAUGUCUUCGCAAGUCCAAGAGUGACGUCCGACUUCGCUGGAAGAUCCUCCAGAACCAGACUAUUAUUUCAAAGCCCACUAAGCCCGAGCCUGUGAUUGUUGAAGUCACCACUGAGCCCGGGUCUGGUGAGACCACUACCGAGCCUGAAGCUGGUGAAGCUGCUACCGAGGAAGAAUCCGAUCGCGCUGUCGCCGAGGUAGCCAGCGGUGCUGAGACUACCUCCGAUAACAAGACUGGUGACCAGGAUGAAGAAUCCGAGGAGUCUAGCGAGGAGGAGGACGAAGACGAAGACGAUGACGAGUAUGACGAGGAGCAGGUCGAAGACACUGAAGAAGAGACUGACUUCGUCCCCAAGGCCAAGGGCAAGGCCCAGAUGCUGGUCAAAAACAAGUGGCACCGAGGUCCUCGCAACCGCAAGGUCGCCAUCGAGAACAAGUAUGCCAAGGCUCGUGCCAAAGCAAAGGUCCAGGACAACGAUGACUCCCCUAUGGAGUCAGGCCAGGUCUCCAACGAUUCAUUGGAGUACCGUCUCGAAUUUAUCGAUCUGGAGAAAGUGAAGCAAAUGAAAUAUUUGCACGAGGAAAUCUACGACGAGAUGUACCCGGCCGACAUCCACCCACAGCCCAAUGCCUAUUUCAACGCGCAAGAUUGUGCUCUGCUAGCCACCAUUGACAGCAAGUACAAGCGCUCUCGCUGGCUUGAAAUGCAGGCUAAUUUCUACAACGUGACCGGCCGCAUGGUGCCUCUUGAGGCGAUUCGAGACCGAUGCGAGCGCGCCGAGGCCGAGAAGGAGGCUCGCUCCGAUGCUCGCAAGCUUGAGCGACGUAUCAAGAGAGUUGUGACUUGGAUGGAGAAGCAGGUUGAUGAAGGGUCAUCGGACUAA